AUGGCCUCCGAACCAACGGAGGAAGCUAUUGCGAACUUCGUGAGCUUCACCAGCUCAACCCGCGAACAGGCAAUAAGCUUCCUCAAGGCGAAUAACUUAAACUCGAACCAAGCCAUAAAUGCCUAUUUUGAAGACCCCACGGGCCCUCAGACGCAGGUGACGUCCUGA